AGAGCAUGGAGCUUCAUUCACCCUGUUAAACACACACACACGCUUUGCAAGGCUGUUCUCAGGCUGAGAGAAAAGAGGGGAGCGGAGGAGAGGACAGCACGCUCGCUGAGUGGUGACAGAAAGGAAAAACUGAGACACUGAAUGAGGCCAAAGGAGGGAAGAUUUCAAAUUGUGUGACUUGUUUCUGAUCGAAGAAACACUAAUCCAGGUGGACAUACAACUCCUCAGUUCCCAGGACCAACCUCUAGGAUGUCCCGGAGGAGGUCUACAGGUGACUUGGUGCCCAGGGACAUCACUGAGAUCUUAGCCCGGGAGGUGAGGGCUCAGCGUGGGCAGAGGAAGCCAGGAAACUCCCUGGGACAGGCCUUCAGUUGGUUAAAGGGCAGCCGGAGGAAGAAAAGUAUCGGCAAUGGACUACAUCAAACUAGUUCUAGUCUAACAAAUGCCAAUCUGAGACUUGAGAAUUGUGACCCUUCUAAUGUUGGUCCAAGGGGUAAUGAAGACCAGAAGAGGUUGACGGUCCACUACACGACCUCUCAGCACUACCAGGACAAUGUUUUCAUUGAGGGCAACAGGCCACAGUACCUGGAGGACCUGCACACUGAAGCUCAGGAGGGACUCAAGAUACUACAGCAGGAAGAACACAUGAAUGGAGUGAAUUUUCCUGAUGAUGAGAGCAUUACUUCCACAGACACUCUCCGUCCAGACCAAGAUAUCAGCUCCAAGGACAGAGGUGGCUCUCCAUCAAGAUCCAUUGACGGGAAUACUGAUACUACAGUAACUUCUGUUCUGUCCACAAGGCCUGUGAUCACACGCCAAGGUUCUACAUUCAAGCCCUUGAACCCAGUGAAAAGAUUAGAAAAGGGCAAGAAGAGGAGCAGAAGGACCACCAUCAUGGGCAUCCCCAACCAUGUCCAGAAAGAACUUGUGGUGCACAGAAGCUCCACCUUCCAGCCACUUGUUACUACCCAGCUCUCUAAUCAUGACGAACAAGUCAGUGACAGUCAAUCAGGUGUUGUUAUCAUUCUUACGGUUGAUGGAGGGACUCCAGUAGCAAAUAAGGAGGGAGCAAGAGUGCACCUUUCAGAACUGGAGCUGGAAUCUGGAGAUGAGCAACUGCUGUGGAAGAAACUACAGGCAGUGUACCAAGAUGAGCCAUCCUUCAACCACCAAGGUUCUGGUGCCCAUCUCUGCUCCACAUCCACCCUGAGACCCAAGUCUGUUGCUGUCCCUGGAAUGACCGCUUCAUCUUCCUUCUGCCCUACAACAGUGCUUAGCUUCUUCCAGGAACCCCAGGGCCCAGUCAUGUCCAUAUCUCCUCAAGCAACCUACUUGUCUACGAUUAUCCCAAAUGCGGUCUUGCCAGCUUCAGUUGAAGUCAUCGAGAUUAAUCGCAGCAGCAGCCAUAUUCAUUGCAGCAGUGUUCGCCCUGUAAGCAAAAGCAGCCUGGCAUCUGGGGACUCAUCAGUCGACUCUUUGCUUGUCAGAAGAUCUGAUGGUGACAGUUCCCAGAGUGACCAUUUACAAAACAACCCCACACCGAUGUCCACAUCAGCUUCAGGAUCAAACUGGGGCGAGUCACAGUCUUCAAAGACCCUUGUUUCAAACUCACCCAUUUCCUCUAAGGGGAGCAUAUGCUCCCAAAGGGUGGGUCUGGAUGGGGACCAAGACCUUGUCAGUCUAGAUAGCUCAGUUAGCAUGAUUAGCAGCCCGAGCAGUAAAAGUAAAAAUGUUGUUACAGGACCAGGGUCUGAGUCUGGUGUGUCAGGGUCAGUAACUGCUGGGGAAGAGGCAAAGGACAGGCGCAACUUCACUCGUAAUCUUUCGAUUAUGAAAACCAAGCAACCCCCAGCACCUCCAAGGAGAACAAACUCUCUACAUAGUAAUAACAUCAGGAGCAACUCCAGGGUUCUGCUGGAUUGCAAUGACUUUGUGUCCAGACAGGCUGCAACUGCUAUAGAAAAUAUUGUAGGAAAGGAUGAGAUUAAUAUGGCUGCUACAGAUAUCAGUCUGCUCCUCAUUUCUGGAUCAAACACUGCAGUGUCCAGCUCUGCAGAUGCUUCCUCCAGUCUUGUAAGCCCCACACAGGCCUCCUCCGUUAUGGCUGGAGGAAAAACACAGCCACAGCCAGAAUCCAGCAACUCUUCCCCACAGAAAACUCCCUCAGACAGGGGAAAAUUUGAACGGACCAUGUCCCCUUCCAGUGGCUACUCCAGUCAGAGUGGAACUCCGACACUUUCCCCAAAAGAGAUCUCCCCACCCUCCCCAAACAAACAGAGGAAGAAACCAGCCAAACCAGAGAGAUCAAUGUCUCGGGCAUCAUCCACAGCAGCUUCUCCUUCCUCCUCUCUUACAUCUCUCUCAUCUGGAACCUCUGAGUAUGUCAGUACAGAUAUCUCCACACACAGUACCAGUCUGCCUCUGCAGGAAUCUCCAACUGAUACUGUCGCAAAAGAAUUCACUACAAAUUAUUUCACAACUUUGAGAGAAGAAUUCAAAGAGCUGAUGGAUAUCCCACCACCUCCAAAAGUCAAAGCACCAUGCCCUCCUCCUCCAGAGACAUGGGUCCACAACAGACACACUUUUGAGCUUCUGUGUGGGACUUGCCCCAACAUCGGUAGAGUAAACCAGAAACCAGCACAGACAGAGGGCAGUACAGUUAAACAGAAAGGGACAGGAACCCAGACUGAAGUUAGCAAAGAGAUGCAAGUUUUAGUUGAAAAGCAGACACCUAGAGAAAAUUCACCCUUAGAGUUGUCAGAAAGCAAAGCAAAGCCAGAGACAUCAUUAGCAACAGGUCUUGAAGGUGUCCACAAGGAGCUGGAGGGUAGGGAAUGUCCACAUACCCAACAAGAGAGAGUGGAAACAAGUGCAGACCUUCAGGGACAAGAGCAGAAAUGUACCCAUGUAGUAAAGGACCUUGUGAAUCCAGAGAGAACUCCAAAGAAAGAUCGCCCUCCUGUCAUGAAGAAGCCUAUCACAGUACUGCACAGAGAAGAGCUGGUGUCAACACAGGGCUCAGUGGAAACAAGUUGUGCUGCUACAAUAGAAGUUCAUUUACCUGUUGACAACAAUACAACCUCUUCAGAGAAUGAGGUUACGCUUUUAGAUGAUAAAAGUGAAGUCACAUCCAUGCAGAGGGUACAGGAGGAGAUGCAUGUUGUAGAGUCUUGCUGGCCACCUCCACCACCUCCUUUGGAAGGGGACUCGGUCUUUGAUGGUGGGGAUGAGAUAGACUUUCCUCCUCCUCCACCCUUUGUGGCAGAUGGUGUUCUAGAUGUGAUGGACAGUUUUAUGACAAAGCUGGAUGUCUUAAAAAGGCCAACGGAAGAUGAACAGAUAGUUGUGGAUUCAAGUGAAGCUGGGGCGUCUGUACAUGGACAAAUUCCAGAUUUACCACCUGCUGUGCCACAAUCAUCUGUAAAUGCAAACAAACCAGAGGGUGUCUUGCAAGUUUUAAAUGCUAACAUUACUGAUGAGAUUUCUUGCCAACCACUGCAAAAUGUUUCAGACAGUAUCCCACCUCCUCCAGUGGAAGCACCUCCUUUGCCACCUAUUACAAGAGCAGAAAAUCCAGUAAUCAUCUCAGCUUUAGUUCCUUCCCACGGUUUCCUGAGGCGAGGCUCUCUGAAAACUGAAGAUCAGACUCCCUCCAAGCUUCCCAUCAGUACCCAGCUUGAAGCUCCAAUUAUACUCCCAGUAGCACCUUCUCUGUCAGCAGAUAAUUUAACCCAUGGUGUUCAUUUCAGAAGGCAGCCCAGUGAAGCAAACCGAGAUGCCAGGAGCAAGGAGCUUCAGUCCCGCCACAAAAGUGCACUCAUUCCUAAAGAGGAUGCCCACAUACCUCUUGUCACCCCCUCCCUGCUUCAGAUGGUUCGUCUCAAAUCAGUCAAUAUGACUGAUGAUCAGGUGAAAGCUCUCUCAGAGGACAAGCCAACGAAUGAAGGAGCUCCAGUUCAGGAGAACUGCCCAGUCUCAAUCCCAGGACCUCAAAACAUCCCACAAAAGCCAAUCCGAAAGUCUCUGUCUCUAAAGUCACCACCCCAGACAGUAAAAACAUCAUCUGUGACACUAAAUACUCCUUCCAUGCGCUUACAGGAAGCCAUACGUAUGAAGACUGCAGCCAUGUCCUCGAGAGACAACCUUCCAUCCAGACUGGGUGUGAGAUCACCCAUUUAUAGUAUUGAACCAGGAGCUGUGUCUUUGAAAUCACCUGAAGGACAUGACAUGCACAAAUCCCCAGCCUCUACUGCCAGCUUUAUCUUCUCCAGGAGCACAAAAAAGGUUGUCAUAGAGACUGCCUCAUCUCUGGAUGCUCAGGCAAGUCUGACACAAAGCUUAGCCACUGAGCUAAUGCAGGUUUCUGACCAAUCAAGGGGUGCUGCUUUCUCCAACAGUGGGGUGAAGUGUAACAAAAUUCCUCCGCCAGUAGCUAAGAAGCCAUCUCACAGUAGCAUCAGUCCUUCACAGAAUCAUCCUGCUAAUCCAGGAAAGAUGGAACUCAGUCUUGAAGGCAGUGGAGUAACAGGACGAGUACAACAUUUGAGUGGAAUAACACCUCCUGACACAACUACAAGAGUGACGACAGACACAAUUGAAACACUGUUUUGAAAGAGCCUUGUGGUGAUUAACCAAGGGACCAGACUGAUGUCAGAUGAACAAGCAAAGACUACAAACAAGUAAAAGGACAGCUCACAGCAAGGACCAACAUUACUCAACUAUGCGAGUGUUGUUGUGUUAAGUGUUCUCCAAAAGCCUUAGCCUGCACUGGCCUUCCUACAUACAGUAUUUAUGCAAAAAAGGUAUCACUCCCAAUUUCUUGUGAUAGCUUUAUUCUGGAGUAUUUUUCUAGGCUAUAGUUUAUCUCCUAAUACAGCCCCUCAGGAUGAAAUGGUGUACAUUGGCUGACACAUACAUGUUUGGCUGUGUGAGAUCACCGCUGAGAGGAUGAAUUAGGUAGUGGUCACUGCAGCUCAGAGAAUUUAAAGCUCUUUUUCCACAUUUGUAAUAUAAUAAAUCAUUUUCAUGGGAAUUUUAGUAGUUGUCAGAAAAGGCCGACAAUGACACUUACUACAGAGCAAAUCAGCAUUUUAUCACUUUAUUAAAGAUCUGAGUAAAAUUAAUUGUCCCACUUAGUUUCAGUCCUGUUUAUCCUAGUGUAAAUACAUAUAUCUGGAAUUAUUUGAGAAAAAGGGAUGCUGCAUACUCUCUCAUCACAACAGAUGUUUUGUCAGUUAAGACGGAGGCACGUUUGUGAACUGUUAAGACUUAACAGAGAAAAGUCUCUGGUUACAGCAACUGCUGAAAUAUCAGUCAGAUGUUUCUGCAUAGUCUCUGCUUGGGUUUAGUAAACAUCAGCCCAAAACAAACCAUGAAGAUUUUUUUAGGAAAACAGUAUCCCAAGUUUGCUAUUUAUGUGUUUCCACUAGUAGCACUGUCAGUCACCUUUUCCUACCAAAUAUGAAAUAUUAAAAAUCUAUAUCAUUUGAAAACCACUUUUAGUGAUACACUGGAGUAGACUUGGUGGGAGGUCAGUGUUUUUACUAAAUGUUCUGGAUCAAGUUUUUUGGGCCAAGCCUCAGCUCAUCGCUAUUUGCACACAAUGCUUUUCCCAAGCAAAAUCAUUGGUGAAUGAAUUAUACUGACUCUUAGUAAUGGGUCCAAAGCAAUAUAUAAAUUUUGAAGAAUUAUGUACAGUUAUCACUUAUAUAAAUAAAAUCAAUGUAUUGACAAUGCUUUCCUGCUUUUGAUCUUUAAUAAUGCAAAGACAUCUAGUGCCCCAUACAUUGUUACUUAACAUACCACUAGUUCUGCACAUUUCUCACAA